GUAAACAAUAUUAGCUUAGCUCAGUUCAGUUCACGGUGUCGUAGAGUGUUAAAUAAAUCUGCACAACAAAAUGAAACGACUGCUGUGGCUCGCCUUAACCACCAUAUUUCUAACAAAGCUUGCGCUUGCCGUGCCAACUCCUACAACUUUGAAUUUUUCCGCCUCCACUGAAUCCAAUGAAAUCGAGCGUAGUACAGCGACUCCUACGAAUUCCACACAAACAGCAGUUACAAAAUCUGGACAUACCAAUAACAGAAAAGGCAUAGUAAUCAUGGUAUUCAAAAAAUACACUAAUCUACUAACUUUCCAACUGGAACGCAGCCAUCAAAUAGCUAAAGAUUUGCUCAGUGAUCCUACAAUUGUGGGCGUGAAUAAUGAGGAGAUGCAAAAAGCAACCAAUAUGCUGCUUGAUUAUGUAGCGCAAUCGGACAUUUCCGAAUUGGCGAAGUUGCCGCCAGCAGAAAUUCCAAAUAGAUAUUAUUUAGCUAUUGGAACUAUGUUCGUGAUUGGAAAAUUUGACGCUUUCGUACGACAACUAAAUACUACAAGCGAACAAGAUAGAACACCCACUGCACGAUUGCUUUGGACUGCAUUGCAACGACAUGGCUAUCAAGAGUUCCAAGUGGAGGUUGAAAAACGUUAUAUAGAAUUAUUAGAGACAAUUGUGGAUGACGUUGGAGAGUAUGUGACAUCACUUUCACCUGCUAACCGAGAGAAAGAUAAGCAAUUGGUGCAAGCAUACGAUAUGUACGUUAAACAUCCGGAGCGCUACACGAAAAUUGAAUUCGGCGGAAGUCUUUUCGAUGUUUUCUUUAAAGAAGCAGCGAAAGCGUAUGAAUAGCAAUAAAAACAAAAUGCUUGACUUGCAUUUAGCGGAACUUUAGAGAUUUUGACACAUACAUAACAAUAAAUAUUUUUAUACCCGAGCGCACUUGUGCACAA